AUGGGAUUCAAGGACUUGGAAAAAUUCAAUGAUGCUAUGCUAGCUAAACAGGUGUGGAGGCUAUUAAGGGAUCAGAAUUCUCUCUUCUUUCAUGUCUUCAAGGCCAAAUAUUUUCCAAAGAGUUCGGUCUUGGAAGCUACAACUUCAUCUGGGUCCUAUGCAUGGCAAAGUAUUAUGAAAGCUAGGAAGGUAAUCUCAAAAGGAAUGAGGUGGAGGAUUGGAGAUGGCAAGAGCAUAAAUCUUUACUGUGACAAUUGGCUUCCAGGUGGGGGGUCCUCAAAAAUUAUUUCUCCACAGGUACCUAAGUUAGAAGGGGCAAAAGUUUCAACUCUUAUAUCCCAGGAUACAGCUCAAGAGACCACCCUCCAUGCUAUCUGGAGUUGUGAAGAAUUGCAAGAAAUUUGGCUCACCUAUUUUAGCUGGGUUAGAGCAGAGUACCCGAACAUUAGUGAGGUUCAAGAGCUAAUUAACCUGGUUGGGAUGCAGAAACAAAGGUUGGAAUUGUUCGCGGUAGUGGCAUGGUUCGUAUGGAAUCGGAGGAACAAACUACGGCUCAAAGAACCCAGCUUGGAUAAGAGUAAAAUAUUCAGUGCAGCAGCGCAAUACCUCUCAGCUUUCCAGUUGAAGUUUCCGAUGAAAGUGGCUAAGUCCCCUGCAAUUGAGACAAAAUGGAGUCCACCGUUGGGCGAGGAGUAUAAAACCAACUAUGAUGGGGCAGUGUUUGAAGACUCAGGUGAGGCAGGGAUCGGUGUGGUUGUACGAAAUGCUACCAGUGAAGUGCUAGCUACACUUUCAGAGAAAAUUCCCUACCCUGGCUCAGUGGAUUUGGUGGAGAUCCUAGCUGCAAGAAGGGUUGUUCGGUUCAUUGUGGAAUUGGGCAUGUCACAGUCAAUAUUUGAAGGAGACUCAGAGAUAGUUUACAAGGCAUUGAAAUCAGUUGAUGUGGGCCAUUCCUCAAUCGGUCAAUAUGUGAAAGACAUUAUGUCUAUUUCCAGUUCGCUUCAAACUUUCUCGUUCUCUCAUACUAGGAGGCAGGGUAAUUGUGUGGCUCAUGCCUUAGCCAAGAGAGCAAGAUUUUCUUUUCCGUUGUUAGUCUGGAUGGAGCAUGUUCCGUCAAACGUGAUUCCUAUUGUAGUUUCAGAUUUAUAG